GAUAAAUCUACUUGUGAAUUAAAAUAUCUUGUUCCUCUUCACUAUCAGCAAAAGCAUUCAGUUGUUUAGACUGAAGAUUGUUAAGUCACUGUUACUCAAUACCAAUUGAACUGUGGACUGUAACAAAUAGCGAUAAGAAAAAAUGUCAAUUCAUAUACAGUAAUCAAACUGAAAGUAAACUGCUACAAAGCUCGUCUUUAAAAAUCUUUAUACUGGGUCGUCACUUUAAUUUGUUGAACAAAAUCAUGCCAAAAUUAAGUGAAGAUGAACGGAAUCCCUGUUUUUAACAAUCACCUACCAGUCAAUACAUUUGAUGCUAAUAACUGUAACAGAUUCCCUCAUUUUAAAUCAAUCAGUGCCUCAUCAAACGACUCAAAUGGUCAGUUAUCAAAUUUCACAUCAUUUCCAAAUGAUAAUGAAAGUCAGGAAGAGGAUACAUCGUGGAAUGAUUGUUCUCCUUUAUGCUCAUUCAACUGUCUUAUUCAUUCAACGUCUACCAUGAAGAAUAUAACUACUAACACAUAUGAUCAAUCACCUGAUGGAUUACACAAAUUUGUAGAGAAUUUUAAACAGAAAAGAAUCAAAUUGGGCAUAACACAAGCUGAAGUUGGACGUGCUUUAGGUGAAAUAAAUGUAUGCAGUUUCGGUUGUUUAUCCCAGUCAACAAUAUGCCGAUUUGAGUCAUUAUCUUUGUCACCUAGCAAUAUGCUUGCUUUAAAACCUGUCCUAGAGAUUUGGUUGAAACAAAUGGAAGAAGAAUCAGUAUUAAAUCAAACAUCGUUAUCCAGACAAAAACCACAAAAUCACGACCAAAAUUUCACCAGUUUCAAGAAUUCACUGAAUAAAUCGUUAUCUUCGUCAUUUAAUUCUUCAUCGUUAAAAGCGCCUACACAGAAUAGACGACGUAGGCGUACAUCUAUUUCUGAGGCAGAUAAAUAUUUCCUUGAAUCAUUUUUUCAUACAGUGGACUGUCGACCGACAACAGAACAAAUGACUCAAUUAGCUUCACAAUUGAAUAUGACGAAAAAUGUUAUACGUGUGUGGUUUUGUAAUCAAAGACAGAAGCAAAAACGUCUUUUAAAGUUAACAUCAACUUCAUUGUGA